CGUGGCUUGAGACACCACGUGUUAGAGCUGAGGGACCAGGGAGCCCCGCUGGGGGCCAAGGCCCUCAGCCCUGGCUGGGGCUGUGGAAACCUGGCGCAGCGUUAAAACUGGACCGGGUGCUGUGGCCAAAAGGCUGGGGGGAGUUUUCUCCACUGUGAGUGGGCAGCAGAAGAAUGGCAGCAGAGACAGCACUGAAUAGAGAGCUGAAAGCCGAGAAGAUAACCGGGAAGCAGCAAAUAUGCCACAUGGCCAGGCUGAGACGCAGAGCUGCCCUGAGAGCUUGUGCUGAUGGAGGUGCCAAUCGUCUCUACCAUAUCACGGAAGGGAGCCAGGAACGCUUUUUGCCUGAUUACAUCAGUGGUGAUUUUGAUUCCAUUCAGCCUGAAGUCAAGGAGUUCUACAAGGUCAAGGGAUGUGAGUUAAUUGAGACCAUGGAUCAGGACCUCACAGAUUUCACCAAGUGUCUUCAGAUACUCCAGAAAAAGAUAGAGAAAAAGGGCCUCCAGAUUGAUGUGAUUGUGACUUUGGGCGGACUUGGAGGACGCUUUGACCAAACAAUGGCAUCAGUGGAAACGCUUUUUCAUGCAACAAAUAUCACUCCCUUUCCAGUCAUAGUUAUCCAGGAGUGCUCACUGAUUUACCUGCUUCAACCUGGCAAGCACAAGCUGCGUGUGGACACAGGACUGGAAGGCACCUGGUGUGGCCUCAUCCCCAUUGGGAACUCCUGCGAGAGCGUGACCACGACAGGCCUUAAGUGGAACCUCACUAACCAGGUGCUGAAGUUUGGAACACUCGUCAGUACUUCCAACACCUAUGAUGGCUCUGGGAUUGUGACUAUCGAGACAGACAAACCUUUGCUGUGGACAAUGGCUAUCAAAAGAUAAGAUCAGCUACAGCUGCCUUUUCUGAUCCAACACAACUCCAAUUACUGCAAAAUUUCACUGAAUUAAGACAGUAAAGCUGUUCCAAAAAAUAUAAGCAGGCACUGAUUUUAUGUAUCGAAUGGAAAACAAGUCUGAAAUAAAAGUUACUUGAGAUCCAAUC